AUUAGAGGCAGUAGGAGCAAAGCACUCCAUGAUCGCGCAUAUGUCAACUGUCAGUUUAGCAUGGCUACCUUCAGCACAGGAGAGCGGAAGCAGAGGCCUCGUGGUGACCGUAAAUCUACCGAGAUGACGAUGCACAUGAAACAGACAUUUGAGGCUACUAUUCUCACUCAGCUCUAUCCGAGAUCGCAGAUUGAUAUCUUUGUUGAGGUCUUGCAGGCUGACGGAGGAAACUUUGCAGCCUGCGUAAAUGCGGCAACUCUGGCAUUAAUAGAUGCAGGAAUUCCGCUGAAGGACUACGUGUGCGCAUGCACGGUGGGUUUCGUGGACGACGUGACCAUUGUCGACAUCAAUCACCUCGAAGAAACGAAUCACAUUGCCGAGUUUACCGUCGCAAUGCUUCCGAAGUCAGAGCAGUUUGUCAUGCUAGAGAUGAGCUCACGGCUUCACCUUGACCACCUGAGCAAAGUCAUGGACAUGGCGACGAAAGCAUGCAAAGAUGUGCAUCUGGUGCUAGAUCGUGCGGUGCGGGACCAUGUCAGUGAGGUGUGGCAGCAGCUAGGGAACACGUGAACGAUGUGCCACUGCUGUGUGUUCGAGGCAAUCCACGCAGGCAGAAAUUCGACAGGCAUGCAGUGGGGAAAUCUUUUUUAAUGCGGAAAGAUUUUUACAUAGCAAUAGUUCAGCAUCUGUAAGACCAUUGUGUUGAGGUCCGCAUUUUUGGAUUCAAAAAGAGAAAUCAGUGACCGUUUGACCGAGAAUCACUUUGAGUUGCAGUAGUAAUGCCAGAGCUUUUCAGUGAGGCCCGGCCAUGAUGGAGAUACAACUAUUCGGGCAGUACACAAACUGUAUCAGAGUGGAGGGAAAGAAUGCCUGGAAUGUUUACAUAAGGGUAUCCCCAGCAACUAUACAAUGCUCAAUCUAGUCUUUGAUGUUUAAGACUUACUGUGCCGGCCCUUUUUUACAUUUUACUGAAUGCUGACAGUUUCACCCAUGGAUGAGUUUGGCAUAUUCCUAUUAUCAAUGUAUUCGGAACUCUUGUUUAUAAUAUGACAUUUACUAUGGACCAACAGUGAGUUAUUCUUACUCGUAAUUUAAAUUUUGCUUAUUUUCUUAUCUUUAUUAUAUAAACCAUAAAGAAGGUAAAAUAAAUAGCUGUAAAAAAACUA